AUGGCUAAAUCAACAGAUACUGCUCAAGUUGAUUCAGAUGAGUCAGAUUCUGGUUCUGAAUUAUGGGAUUGCACUAGCAGCGAUGACGAUGACAACCAAUCUGACUCAGAUACAUUUGAGGAUGAUCAUGCUAAAAGGAUUGAAAGGCAAGCACGAAUCAAUAUGGUUGCAAAUCGUUUUGCACAGGUGUUUGGUUGUUUGACAAACAAAGAUUCACCUGUAGUUGACGUACCCGUGGUAUCUAGAGCAAAAGAAGAAGAGGACUAUAAAGAUGAUGGUGAUCUAACAAGACAAUGUCUGAAAUGUGGAGCUCUCUUUUGGUACAAUGAAAGGAUUGAUAACUCAAUUAACAAGGGUCAAGGUCCUAAAGUGUUCAAACUACAUGGUGAGAAUUAUCAUUUGAUAGGGAGUUUGAAACCUCCGCCUGACCACCCUGCAAAGUUCUCUCAGUUAUAUAUUCAUGACACGGAAAAUGAAGUUCAAAACAGAAUAGCUGCACUGAGUGGGAAUUCUGAAAAAAGCAAAAUAAGAGAAGACUUGGUCGAGGCUAUCAUGAAUAUGUUAAGAAUCUCUAAUGUUCAUGUCAAGACCUUUCGUAAUGCAAUGGACAGGUUUAAUGCUGAAGAUGAAUGUCAAGAGCUCAGUUUGGUCUUAAUUCACAAUCGUCUAAAAGAUGGACGUGUUUACAAUCUCCCGACUUCUUCAGAAGUAGCGGCUUUGGUGGUUGGUGAUUUUCAGUUAGACAUGGAUAAACGUGAUAUUAUUCUGGAAAAAUAUUCGGGAAAACUGAAAAGAAUCAACGAGCUGCAUCCUUGCUAUCUGCCUCUUCAGUAUCCAUUGAUAUUCCCAUAUGGAGAAGAUGGAUUUCGAUUAGGGAUUCAAAAUGGUUUCACCGGUAACGGCAAAAGGAAAAAGCAUAAUAUCAGUAUGAGGGAAUUUUUCGCAUACAGGAUUCAAAUCCGGAAUUCUGGUUCGCAAGUCCUUCUUCUAUCCAGACGUUUGUUGCAGCAGUUUUUGGUAGAUGCUUAUACAAUGAUCGAGACACACCGUCUACGGUACAUUAGGAAAAAUCAGGCUAAUCUACGGACACUGAAGUUCAGUAAGUUUGUUGCUGCUGCGAACGACGGUAAUACAACUUUGCCUAUUGAGGGUAACCGAAUUAUCAUUCCCUCAUCCUUCACAGGCGGUCCAAGAUAUAUGCAUCAGAUGUAUUUGGAUGCUAUGACUAUCUGCAAAUACUUUGGGUUUCCAGAUCUCUUCAUAACUUUCACAUGUAAUCCUAAAUGGCCUGAGCUGUCUAGGUAUUUUCGGAAAUACAAUCUCAGGUCCGAGGACAGACCUGAACUGUGUUGUAGAUUGUUCAAAGUAAAGCUGGAUUGCUUGAUGGAGGAUCUAACCAAAAAACAUUUGCUUGGCAAGACAGUGUCAGCACUUUAUACUAUCGAGUUCCAGAAGCGUGGGCUCCCACAUGCUCAUAUUCUUUUGUUCAUGGAUUCAAAAGACAAAUUUCCUAAUGCCGAGGAUAUCGACCGCAUUAUUUCAGCCGAAAUUCCUGAAAAAACCCAAGAACCCAAACUGUAUGAGGUUGUAAAGGACAUGAUGAUUCAUGGACCAUGUGGUGUUGUCAACAAAAAAUCUCCGUGCAUGCAAGAUGGGAAGUGUAGCAAAUUUUUCCCCAGAAAACAUGUUGAGAAAACUACUGUGGAUGGUCAAGGUUACCCUGUUUACAGGAGAAGAGAAGAUGGGGCUUUUGUUGAGAAGAAAGAAAUUCAGUUAGACAAUCGGUUUGUUGUGCCUUACAACAAGAGUUUACUACUUCGGUAUAAUGCUCAUAUUAAUGUGGAAUGGUGCAAUCAGACCCGGUCAAUUAAGUACUUAUUUAAGUAUAUCAACAAAGGUAAUGACCGUAUUACAGCAACAGUUACUCAAAAGUCGAGCACGACCGAGGCUACUGGAGCUGAGACACGUGAAAUAAAUAACCCAAGAGGAGAAGGUGAAACUACUAUGGAUGAAGGUGCUGAAGCCGUAGUUGAUGAAAUAAAAAAUUAUUUUGAAGCGAGGUACAUCUCUGCUUGUGAGUCGUCUUGGAGGAUCCUUGCCUUUCCCACCCAUUACCGAUCAACACCUGUAGAAAAUCUUACAUUCCAUCUAGAAGGAGAGCAACCUGUUAUUUACAAGGAAGGAGAUUCUGUGGAAAGUGUUUUGGCUCGUGUGCAGAAUUCAAAGACAAUGUUUUUAGCUUGGUUUUAUUGUUGUGAACGAUACCCUGAAGCAAGAGAUUUGACCUAUGCAGAACUUCCAACAAGAUUCGUAUAUGAUGGAAAACAAAAAGAAUGGAAUCCAAGGAAGAAAGGUUUUGCAAUUGGGAGAUUAGCUCCAGUUUCCCCAAGUUCUGGUCAGAAAUAUUUUCUGAGGGUUUUGUUGAACAAGGUUAGAGGUCCACGGUGUUAUGAUGAUAUAAAAACAGUAGAAGGGAUAGUUCACCCAAGCUACGAGGAUGCAUGUUACAAGCUGGGUUUGUUGGACGAUGAUAAAGAAUAUAUUGAAGACUGA